AUGUACUUCUCAAGUUACUUUGCAUGCUUUUUGCUUGGUUUCGUUUCUUUCACGAGUGCCAGCUUAGAUCCUUAUGAGAAGCUAGGCAAAAAGAGAAUUUUCUAUGCCUGCACCGAUCAAAUUGCGUCAGAGGUUUCAUUUUGUUCACCUUUGGAAACUACUUGUCAAUGUGAAAACGAUAACUACAUGGCAACCAUUGCUGGUUGCUUGAGAGAAGUUGACGAAGAAGCUUUAAAUAUAACUUCUCCUGUUAUGCUAGAAAAUUGUGUUUACUAUGAUGUUACGGUAUCCGAAGGAUGGUAUGACGAUGCCAUAAAGUUAUAUGACGAAAAGGCCAAAUCUGCUAGUGAGAUACCAAACUUUAACAUGAGUAUUCCAAUUGACGUUCCAUUCAUAGUGGACAAGACCAUGACAGGAGUGUUUCAAGAGGCAUACAAAAGAUUUUAUGACAAUUAUGACGGCUCAGUCAACUAUGGUGCUGGUAUGUUAGGUUACUGGUUAUUGGUGUUGAUAUUGAGUGCUAU